UAUAGUGUAGCACGCACUGACUUAUGUAAUUUGGAAAAUCGACUUGUGGCCUUGAAUGAAAACGAACCACCCCUAGAGAGUUUAAACUUUUGUUUUAGUGGUAUCGAAUGUGAGGGCGAAAUCUAUUCGUCGUCUCAAGCUACCGCUUGUGUCAAAUCAGAGUCGUCCGAAGAAGAAACAGAAGUCAUCAGCGUACGUGAGGAAAUACCUGAAAUUACAAUUUCACCACCGGAAUCUGUUAUAUCACGAAACCUUCUGGAGUCGACUUGUCCGACUCCAACUCCAAGACCUCAAACUGCCACUUCAAAAAUAUUCGCACCUCGCACGGAGGAAAUGAGUAAAGGAUUUUUAAUGUUCUCGGACGAAGAACCUGGCCUUACCAUGUUAAAAGACGAACCCGACGAUCUCACCCACCUCGCUCCAGUAGCUGGCGAUGUUUGCGUGCCGCUAGAAGACCACCCCUUCUUGACAGAUAUGCUAGACGACUUCUUAUUAAGAGAUAACUUUGGCCCACUAUUAACAGAUGAACCUACAGAUCCAUUUAUAUCAUAUAGAGACUCCUGUGAUCCUUCCCCUCAACUACUAUCACCUAACUUAUCAAAGCACUCAGAUUCUAGUAUGCAAUCAUUAAACAGCCCGGGUGGAUCAUUGGGGGAUGAAGAUCACAUGUCAACUUUCAUGACGCUACAAAUGGACGAAGAGGACCCCGAAUUAAUAAUGAAAGCACCAUACAUACCAAUGAAUAUAGGCGACGAUUUACCAUUACUCAUGUCCGAUGAUCUCAUAUGGAAUCCAAACAGUAACGAGAAAAAUAAUUCUCACAGUAAAGGACCGGAUAUUAAUUCUAGCUUAGCACAAUUAUUAUGUUCUAAUGUUAAUAAAUCUCGUAAAGUUAACGAUCAUGGAGGGGGGUUAAUUGAGGAUAAUGCACUCCACGACAUGCAAAAUAAAGAUACAAGUUGGAAGCAGAAAAAGCUAGAGCGUUCAAAUUCGAAUAAACGGUCAAACGGGUCACAAUAUAACAUUUCAAAUAAAAGGUGUAAAAGUGAUCCGGAGGAAAAAAUGUCUUCAGAAUUAUUACAACAGUUAAUGUCAAAUAAUACGCAAAGGGGUCGUCCGAAGGGAAAAAGUAAUUGGUUAUUGGAUUCUGGACAAAAAGCGACGUGUAUAAGUCAACCAAGUGAUAGUGUUUUAAUGAAUCUUUUGGAUGAACCAAUGAUCGAAAUUGACACAAGCCAAUCGCACGACACAUUAAUUGGGGGUCAGCCUCGUAUCUUCUUUAGUGGAACAUUACCAAAAUCGCCGGCGCAGACGAGAUUGAUAUCAAAGCAGUGGUCAAGAGGUUCAAUGUCACUACUCGAUCCCAACGCUCCUUCCGUUACAUCAUUCUUGGACCUAACACAGCAAGAUUUUGACGUGAACGCUCCCGUGAGUCACCUGCUGCUGCAAGGGGAGGAUCUUCUAACUGCAUUAGAAUUGAAUGGGACAUUGUAGCAUAGCACGUGUACUGAUGAGAGUUUGUAAUGUGAGCAAGUUUUAGAUUAAUUAGUAAGACAAUGUAAUUUUAUAUUAACUGGACCGGGGUGAUUUUUUAAGAAAGUACAUAUAGAGAAUUUUAAGGACGUUAAAAAAAUUUCAUAUAUAAGCAUUUAUUUUAUGUGUCAGACAUUUUAGUUUAAUAUUGUAUGAUCGUUAUGUACAAAAAUAAGUAAGUCUCAAUCAUUUCAAGCUCUCUCUUCGUUUUUUUUUAAUAGGUUGUAUAUUUUUUAUUGCAUUAUGUUUUUAGACUAAUUAUAUUAAUCUUGGAUAAGGUGUGUUUAAUAUUCUAAUCAUUUUAUAAAACUGCCAUAUUGUCGACUUAGUUUGAUUUUUGUAAUCAUAGAGUUAAGUCAUUGUAAAAACGCACUUAAUAAUAUAUCACUUGGUACUAUUUGAGAAAAUGUGCUACAUAUUAUUUUUUUCUGUUUUUAAUUAACUCCAUAUAUUUGAAUUAGUAAUAAGCAUUUAUUGGACUAGAAAUCAUUUUAUGAUUGAGCUACAGUUCUAGUGAUCAUAUUCUUAAGGACUUUUAUUGAAUGAAUUAUUAAGAAGGAGAAAUUGAAAGCAUAGUUGCGUUUCUUGGCCGGGAAAAUAUAUUGUUUAUGGGA